AAGCCCUCGCAUUCAUUGAACAGCAGUCCAAAGACGAACAUCCACGCAGCAAGCUAUCCCGCUCGUGUGUGUGUGUGUGUGAAGUGAAAAGUUCCAGCAGACGGAAGUGUGCUUAAAGUAAGGAAUAAAAAGCGGAAGUCCACAAUCCUUCGUGGUUUUUAACGCCGACCAGCAAACACAAAGCAGAACAAGAUGGCCGCAACCAAGGCACCAGCAGUCGGUAUCGAUCUGGGUACCACCUACAGCUGUGUGGGUGUGUUCCAGCACGGAAAGGUCGAAAUCAUCGCCAACGACCAGGGCAACCGCACGACGCCGUCGUACGUGGCCUUCACCGAUACCGAGCGUCUGAUCGGAGACGCCGCCAAGAACCAGGUCGCGAUGAACCCGUGCAACACGAUCUUCGACGCGAAGCGACUGAUCGGACGCAAGUUCGACGAACAGAACGUGCAGGCCGACAUGAAGCACUGGCCGUUCACCGUCGUGUCGAUCGAGGGCAAGCCAAAGAUCCAGGUCGAGUACAAGGGCGAAACCAAGUCGUUCUUCCCGGAGGAAAUCAGCUCCAUGGUGCUGACCAAGAUGAAGGAAACCGCCGAGGCGUACCUGGGCAAGACGGUCUCGAACGCCGUCGUCACGGUGCCCGCUUACUUUAACGACUCCCAGCGUCAGGCUACCAAAGAUGCCGGUACCAUCGCCGGAUUGAACGUGCUGCGUAUCAUCAACGAGCCGACCGCGGCCGCCAUCGCGUACGGUCUGGACAAGAAGACCGCCGGCGAGCGCAACGUGCUGAUCUUCGAUCUCGGUGGCGGUACCUUCGACGUGUCGAUCCUGUCGAUCGACGACGGUAUCUUUGAGGUCAAGUCGACCGCCGGAGACACCCAUCUCGGUGGUGAGGACUUUGACAACCGGCUGGUGAACCACUUCGCCACGGAAUUCAAGCGGAAGCACAAGAAGGACCUGUCGACGAACAAGCGAGCCCUGCGUCGUCUGCGUACGGCUUGCGAACGUGCGAAGCGUACUCUUUCGUCGUCGACCCAGGCCAGCAUCGAGAUCGACUCCCUGUUCGAGGGAACCGAUUUCUACACCUCGAUCACCCGUGCCCGUUUCGAGGAGCUGAACGCCGAUCUGUUCCGUUCCACGAUGGAGCCCGUCGAGAAGGCCAUCCGCGAUGCCAAGAUGGACAAGGCUAGCAUCCACGACAUCGUCCUCGUCGGUGGAUCUACCCGUAUCCCGAAGGUCCAGAAGCUGCUGCAGGACUUCUUCAACGGCAAGGAGCUGAACAAGUCGAUCAACCCGGAUGAGGCCGUCGCGUACGGUGCCGCCGUCCAGGCCGCCAUCCUGCACGGAGACAAGUCCGAGGAGGUCCAGGAUCUGCUGCUGCUCGAUGUUACGCCACUGUCGCUCGGUAUCGAAACCGCCGGAGGUGUGAUGAGCGUUCUGAUCAAGCGUAACACCACCAUCCCGACCAAGCAGACCCAAACCUUCACCACGUACUCGGACAACCAGCCCGGUGUGCUGAUCCAGGUGUUCGAGGGUGAGCGUGCCAUGACCAAGGACAACAACCUGCUCGGCAAGUUCGAACUGUCCGGAAUCCCGCCGGCGCCCCGUGGCGUGCCCCAGAUCGAGGUCACCUUCGACAUCGACGCCAACGGUAUCCUGAACGUUACCGCCCUGGAAAAGUCCACCAACAAGGAAAACAAGAUCACCAUCACCAACGACAAGGGCCGCCUCAGCAAGGAGGACAUCGAACGCAUGGUCAACGAAGCCGAAAAGUACCGCAACGAGGACGACAAGCAGAAGGAGUGCAUCUCCGCCAAGAACGGACUCGAGUCGUACUGCUUCAACAUGAAGGCCACCAUGGAGGACGACAAGCUCAAGGACAAGAUCACCGACAGCGACAAGACCCUCAUCCUGGACAAGUGCAACGACACCAUCAAGUGGCUCGAUGCCAACCAGCUGGCCGACAAGGAGGAGUACGAGCACCGCCAGAAGGAGCUCGAGUCCGUCUGCAACCCGAUCAUCACCAAGCUGUACCAGAGCGCCGGUGGUGCCCCGCCCGGUGGCAUGCCCGGAUUCCCCGGUGGUGCCCCUGGAGCUGGCGCCGGCGGUGCCGCCCCUGGAGCCGGUACCGGCUCCGGCCCGACCAUCGAGGAGGUCGACUAAACCACUCGCCCACUCCCCCCGCAGAACCAUCGGCGCAGGCGGCUGAUGCACAAUUCUUAACAACUCAACCAAUUCAAUUCCGAUUUUCAAACAAUAUCAGUAUUUGUCUCAAAACAAUUUAACUUAUUACACAAACACUGCUUAGACAAAUGAUGAAUAUCCAUUCCUCUGAAAACAACACAAAUAAAGCAAACCGAUCGAAUUGAA